AAUUGCCCUAGACUUUUCUCUCCAUUUCGACUUGGUGCAUCGUCAACUCCAUCCAAAGGCAACAUUUCGAGACAAGUUGCCCAUCAUGUCGCUAGUGUCGGGCGAGAAGUCGAACUUCCAGUUCAUCCUGCGUCUCCUCAACACGAACGUUGACGGCAAGCAGAAGAUCGUUUACGCUCUCACCAAGAUCAAGGGUGUCGGUCGCCGUUACUCCAACCUGGUUGUCAAGAAGGCCGAUGUCGACCUGAACAAGCGCGCUGGUGAGCUCACCUCCGAGGAGCUUGAGCGUGUCGUCACCAUCCUCCAGAACCCCACCCAGUACAAGAUCCCUGCGUGGUUCCUGAACAGGCAGCGCGAUAUCGUCGACGGCAAGGACUCGCAGCUCCUGGCCAACGGUGUCGACUCGAAGCUUCGUGAUGAUCUUGAGCGCCUGAAGAAGAUCCGGGCCCACCGCGGUCUCCGCCACUACUGGGGCCUGCGUGUCCGUGGUCAGCACACCAAGACGACUGGCCGGAGAGGCCGGACCGUCGGUGUGUCCAAGAAGAAGGGUGGUUAAAAAUUCGGGCUUUUCAUGGGCUGGGGAUCAUUUGCCCACUGGUCGGGGGAUCUCUUGGCUUUCGGCGUUCUUUCUCAUCAUUGUGGAUGGUCGGGCGUGUUACGGCUGGAUUCAUCGUUGACUGCUUUACGUGCAUUGAAGGUCACCGGUCAUCGGAAAUGGAAGGUAGACUCAAUACACAGGGUUCAUGGCAAAUGGCGUUUGUGCCUCUUGUGAAUUUCUUGCUUUCCACGCACUCCACAUCUUCGACGUCUAUGGUGUAUAAACUUCUCAGCGUAACCGAGACGAUCUAUCAUCACUGUCACCGCUUGGCGGCUUGGUUAG